GGCCGAGGGCGCGCGGAGCGGAGGGCGGCGGCGGCGGCGCCAGUGCUCGGCCCUCGGAUCGUGCUCGGCCCGGCUCCCGGCCCGCGGCGCCCACCGACCCUGUGCCCCGCCCGUGGACCACCGGCCAUGCCGCCGCGGCGCAGCAUCGUGGAGGUGAAAGUGCUGGACGUGCAGAAGCGGCGAGUGCCCAACAAGCAUUAUGUCUACAUCAUCCGUGUCACGUGGUCCAGUGGCUCCACCGAGGCGAUUUACCGGCGCUACAGCAAGUUCUUUGACCUGCAGAUGCAAAUGCUGGACAAAUUUCCCAUGGAAGGAGGCCAGAAGGACCCUAAACAGCGGAUCAUUCCCUUCCUGCCAGGCAAAAUCCUUUUCCGACGGAGCCACAUUCGGGACGUGGCUGUCAAACGCCUGAUACCAAUUGAUGAAUACUGUAAGGCCCUGAUCCAGCUGCCCCCCUAUAUCUCUCAGUGUGAGGAGGUGCUGCAGUUCUUUGAGACAAGACCCGAGGACCUGAAUCCCCCCAAAGAGGAGCACAUUGGAAAAAAGAAAUCUGGUGGUGACCUGGCCUCGGUCGAUCCCAUGGUCCUAGAGCAGUACGUGGUGGUUGCAAACUAUCAGAAGCAAGAGAGCUCAGAGAUCAGCCUCAGCGUGGGGCAGGUGGUAGACAUCAUCGAGAAGAAUGAGUCAGGUUGGUGGUUUGUCAGCACCGCAGAGGAGCAAGGCUGGGUCCCUGCGACAUGCCUCGAGGGGCAGGACGGUGUGCAGGAUGAAUUUUCCCUACAGCCCGAGGAAGUGUCGUGGAGGUACUGGUCUUUGCCCCGGCCUACGGGUCGCCGCCGGACUCUGGGGGACUUGUAUGCCAUCAGCUGGCGCCAAGAGGAGAAGUACACAGUCAUCUACCCAUACACGGCUCGUGACCAGGAUGAAAUGAACCUGGAGAGAGGGGCUAUGGUGGAGGUCAUCCAGAAAAACCUGGAAGGCUGGUGGAAGAUCAGGUACCAGGGCAAAGAAGGCUGGGCCCCUGCCUCCUACCUAAAGAAGAGCAGUGGAGAGCCCUUGCCUUCGAAGCUGGGUGCUGGCUUAUCUGCCCACUCGGGCACCCCUGACCUGGAUGGUGUUGCCAGGCAACAGAAUGCAGUGGGCAGGGAGAAGGAGCUGCUCAACAACCAGAGGGACGGCCGGUUUGAAGGCCGCCCACUGCACGAUGGUGACAUUAAGCAGAGAUCACCCAAGAUGAGGCAGAGACCCCCUCCUCGCCGGGAUAUGACCAUUCCUCGAGGUCUCAACCUGCCGAAGCCGCCCGUCCCACCGCAGGUGGAAGAAGAGUACUACACCAUCGCAGAGUUCCAGACCAUCAUCCCAGACGGCAUCAGCUUCCAGGCGGGCCUGAAGGUUGAGGUGAUUGAGAAGAACCUGAGUGGCUGGUGGUACAUUCAGAUUGACGAUAAGGAAGGGUGGGCUCCAGCAACCUUCAUUGACAAGUACAAGAAGACCAGCAAUGCCUCAAGACCCAACUUUCUGGCUCCCCUGCCCCACGAGGUGACCCAGCUCCGGCUCAGAGAUGCAGCAGCCACGGAGAACAAUACAGGCAGUGAAACCGUGGGUCCCUCCCGGCCCCUGCCCAACGCACCUCCUGGUGCCACAGACUCAGGGAUGUCGUGGUCCAAAGACUGGAAGGGUGGGAAGGAGUCCCUAAGAAAGGCAUCUUCAGACAUGUCUGCAUCAGCAGGCUAUGAGGAGAUCUCAGACCCUGACCUGGAGGAGAAGCCCAGCCUCCCUCCGCGGAAAGAGUCCAUCAUCAAGUCAGAAGGAGAACUGCUGGAGAGGGAACGGCAGAGGAUGGAGCAGCUGCGGGGCUCUCCAGCCAAGCCUCCUGGCAUGAUUUUGCCAAUGAUUCCAAGCAAACAUGCACCCCCAGUCCGGGACAACAGGAAGCUGGAGCCCAAACCUGACAAAAGCAAAUUGUUCCAACUCAAAAAUGACAUGGGACUGGAGUGCGGCCACAAAGUAUUGGCCAAGGAAGUGAAGAAGCCCAAUCUCCGGCCCAUCUCCAAAUCCAAAGCUGAACCACCAGAGGACAAGCCAGAUGCCAUUCCCCAGAAUCCAUUCUUGAAGUCUAAACCUCAUGUUAGACCAAAACCAGCCCCAUCUCCCCGGACAGAGCCACCUCAGGGCGAAGACCAAGUGGACAUCUGUCACCUCAGAAGUAAGCUCAGGCCUGCCAAGUCCCAAGAGAAAUCCUUAUUGGAUGGAGAGGGCCACCAGGCUGUUGGGGGCCAAGACAUGGCCUUUAGCCGAAGUUUCCUCCCAGGGGAAGGACCUGGCCGUGCCCAAGACAAGUCUGGCAGACAAGAUGGUCUUAGCUCAAAGGAAAUGUCCUGUAGACCCCCUCCAAGGCCAGCCAAGACCACAGAGUCUGGACCUAAAAAUGUGCCCGUCCCUCUCCAAGACUCAACCCAGCAGAGACCUGUGGUCCCACCCCGAAGACCACCACCCCCUAAGAAAACUUCAUCAUCAUCCAAGCCCCUCCCAGAGGUCAAAGGGCCAUCAUAUGAAGCCAAUGAAGGCAGGGUGGUUCCUGUGCCAGGCCGUUCCCUGCUCAUCCCUCCCAAAGCCAAACCUUUCGUCUCCAACUCUGCUGGGAGCCAAGAUGACAUCCGAGGCAAAGGCGGGCUUGGGCCAUGGGUAGCCGGCAAGAUGGGAGAGAACAAGGAAAAAGCAGUCGCAGCCUCCAUCCCUAAUGCCGAUGGCCCAAAGGACUCUUUGUAUGUGGCUGUAGCCAGUUUUGAAGGAGAUGAAGAUACCAACAGCUUCCAGGAAGGGACGGUGUUUGAAGUCCGGGAAAAGAACAGCAGUGGCUGGUGGUUCUGCCAGGUCCUUAGCGGAGCCUCUUCCUGGGAAGGCUGGAUUCCUUCCAACUAUCUCAGGAAGAAGCCAUAACCGCCUGCCUUCCUGCUGAGAGGCCCUACCCAUCCCUGCUGGCUUUCCCCAUGUAUUUAAUAUGCAUCCUAAUUUAUCAGUCUCCAUGCAGUUUCCAAGAAGGAAGCUACUGGAGUGCUACAUUCUUCCCUCCCAGGGUGGAGAGUGAGUGGCAGCGAUAUCAGCAGCUCUGGGGCUGGAGCCUCCCAUCACAGCUUUCCUGGAGCUCCGGAAUCAUAGCCCUUGGCAGAUAGAAAUCCACGUCAGCAUCCCUGCCUUUAGAAAAUUCCUAUUGCAGCUUCAUUGCCACCCAGCAACAAGACAGUGACACUUCCAGGCCUCUAGGAUUAGACUUGUCUCCUGGAGAAACUCCAGACAGAGUCUGUCUUUGCUUGGACAAGGUGUGGUAAGCAGCAGCCCUGCCAGUCCACAACAAUUGGCGCUCCUUCAUACAUGUAAAAGCCAGUGGCUUUGUUCACUGUUUUCAGAACGCCUGGUUUGAGGAAGAACAGUGUCCUGUAGUGCAGCCCCCAGGAAGGUGUCCUCUUCUUCAAGGCCUUGGGUCCUCCAGCUGCUGAGGCUCAACUGAAUGCAGCUACCCCCAGAGUGGGGCUAGACAUCUGCUUGGCCAUCCUGUCUGCCAUCUUCUGCCUUGGAACUAAGACUGCUCCGAAGGGGUGGGUGGCUCCAGCCCCAAGCAUACUUCAUUUCCCUGCUGCAGGCUUCAGUCCCUCCAGGACUGCUACAUGAGAAUUCCUAUUCCCGUUUGGGCCAUUUCCUUCUUCUCUACCUAGAACAAAAGUCUCUUGGUCUGUUUGGAUCGGGGCCAUUCACAAGGGGCCCUCAUGAAUGCCCCUUGGCUUAGUAGUUAGUAGAUGCCAAACAGCAUACUUGGCAGUUUGCAUUUGUAUUUUAACCGUCAUGACCACCUUCCCUUUUAAUAUUGUAUCCAUUUUAUCAGUGAGGAAACUCAACCCCGUGCACCUAAGGACACCCUAGCUAGGAAGAGGAGGAAAGAAGAUUUGAAUGCCUAUGCCCUUCUCCCUGUAAGAGGCAAACUCUCGGGGGCUGGGGAUUUAGCUCAACGACAUAAGCGCCUGCCUUGUAAGCAGGCAGUUGUGAGUUCAAUCCCCGGUACCGAUAAAAAGGAAAAAGACCAAAAAAAAGAGGCGAACUCUCAGGAAAGUAUUUAGAGCUGACUGGGUACCAGGAGCUGACGGCCAUGUAGCUGCUUUGGGUGGACAAGGGUGCACAUGUGGCUACUCCCACACUACCUUCCUUCUCGACCCCUAUGGCAAAUAUUGAUGUCUGCCUUGGACCCUCAACAACUGCUUCUCCAGGGCAGGGGAUGCUCUGGGAUCCUGGUAGUUGGCCCAGGGCCCUGUUCCCUGUCCCCAUGCUGAUGUCUCUUAGGAGAUACUGCAAAGCUGUUUGCUCAAGGACCAGCAACUGAGUCUCUACCAAACUAAACAUUGCAAGCAGCAUCUCAGUAAGGAGACAGGCACCCGAGGGAGCCAAGCAGACUCCUCCCUGCCGUGGCUUCCUACUCCUUUCUGGCACUUCUAGGGUAGUUGUCUGUGUGUGCACUCUGCCUGGGAGAAACCUAGGCCAGCCCUUGUAUCCUUUUGGCAGAUCUGGUUAAGUAGAUCUAAGAGCUAGAAUCGGGACCCAGGUUUCUAGCUCACAGUCCAAAGCUCAUACCUGUGAAUUAGCUUCCAGGAGAUGAGAUUAGAAGUCCUUCAUCCCACUGACCCUGCAGAAGAGGAGGGAACCCGGACCCACUCUGUCCUGCCUGUCUCAGGGAUCUCCCAUUCACAAUGUUCAUCUGCCACGAUGCUUUGGCACCACAAAACCAGCUUGCCUGGGGUUGCUUGCAUCUACCUGCAGUGCCAAAGACUGGGCAAAAAGUCCUCUUGUGCAUAGCCUGCUCCCAGUCCCUACAUGAUACACACAGGCUCUGGCUGCUUCCACAGAAGGAGGUUCCUCUGGUCCACUGUAGCAUCAUUAGUACCUUCCUUCUUUGCUCAACCUGUAAGGUCUACACCCCAGAGAGUUUGGGACAAGCCUGAGGUGCUUCUUGCAAGGUACCUUGCCCCUUGUCCCAUGCACAGGACCUUGGAGAAAGGUGGCAUGUGGAGAGGGGGGCUGGGAGAAGGAGACACACUUCUUCAAGGCCCCCUACGUGGAAGAAAGUAUUCAUCCAUUUUUGACCCACUUUGUCUUAAACAUCCUUUGUGAAGCUGUUUUGCAGGAUUUGAUUAAUUUUCAAGGGACAAAACUACUUGGGUUUUAUGUGUAUACCAUUUGAUUUUGGUUUUCAGUGACUUUUUAAAGUAUUGUGUGCACACCUACUAUGAGAUGGCACUGGGUAGACCAGUGUGAUGACUCCAUCCUGGUGUCACGAGCUGUGAUUUGUAUCUGCCAACACUGCUGAAGGUGCAUCUUUCACCUCAUCGCCUUCUGCCAGGUCAGCCAGGUGGGAAUGGACCUGCUCUGAUUUCCUGUGGUCAGACAUUUCACUGCAAAUGGAAAAAGAACUUGAUUUUUCCAUUACCAUUAUUAGUAUGCUAAUGUGAACUAUAGAUACAGAAGCGACACUCCUACUGUUCACUGUUUCCUCCUGUGGUCGCUUGGAUGACCUUAGGACUGUCUGCCACAGUGGUGGACACUCCCGGAGGCUACUGAAAGUGCUAGGUCUUGUUGGCCCAAGCCACUCCCAGCUGUCGUUGCCUAGAAACUUAAGUUUACAACACACACAACCAUGGCUACUAGACUAGGAGCAAUUGAUGGAGCAUAAGCAAAACCUCCCUGGAUUCCAGGUCGUGAAAGGUCCUGAGCCAUCAUUGCAACAUGCAUUCCAAGCACCAGGCAGGUCACUGACACUUAAACAUGCUCCCUCUUUAAUCCCAUGACAACCUUAUGGGUGAUAGUAUUGAAUCGGAUGUGUAGUUAGAAAUUGAGAUGUAAUGAACAAAAUCACAUGCCCAUCUUUAUCCAGAUAGUGGCCCCAGUAGGACUCAAAUUCUCCCUUGUGUCCAUUACAUUCUGCCACCAUCAGCAGUGAAAUGUGCACAAGGUUUGCAGGGAAUGAAGUGAAUUUAGGUGUCACCCUCUGCCCCUUGGUCAGACAUUUAAGUAGUCCCAGGCCAAAUGGCAGCCCAAAGUGUGGGCAGAGGUGGAGGUGGCUUUUUCUGUGCUCACCCCCGUUCAGUGCCUGGUGAUGACUGCUUUAUUUUACAUCUGCAGGUUUCAAAUGUGCAGCAUGUUGCAGAGCCACCAGAUACAUAGGAUGCCUGAGUGUCAGGACCAGCACUUCAUAAAACAGGCCUUUACGCACAUGUCUUCCUGGAACCAUUCCGUUCCAUUGGUAGGUGUAUGUCAUUGUCUCAAAAUGAGACUUGGGGAGAGCUGAUAAGCUCCAGAUUAAACCACUUCUAAUGUCCCUACUCUCCCAGGAGAUUGUAGAGGCCAUUUGGUGGCUUUCAGUAGUCAUUUUAAGCCACUGCUACAAGGCUGUUCCAUUGAAUUGAUUUCUGGGCCAAAGUUCUUGGCCUUAAACAAUUUUCCGAGUCCACUUGGAAUUUCAGUAUCAGGUGGAAAGUGGGAAGGCACACGUGCCACAUUAAAGGGCAGGUGCCAAAUCUCCCCAGGAAGAUCCUUAGACAAAUGGAUAGUCUAGUGUUUAUGACUGAGUACCUAGUACUACGGGACAAAGCAGAAAUCACCCCUCCCUUCAAAUAGCUGGCAACUUGGCAUCACCAGGAGCAGGCUGAGAGUGUCGCUCAGUGGCAGAGUUUGCCUAGCUGGGGCCCUAAGUUGGAUCCCCAGCACUGAACAAACACUCAUGGCUUGCUUCUCCAUCCUUUGAUUGUGAAAAGUCUCUUAAGGUCGUGGUAGGCUGCCUCUGGGCGGCCUUGCCCUCCUCUUUGGAUUGUGGCAGUGGACACCUACCAACCUAAACUCCUUGUGGCAGUGUUGGUCCCUUGCUAGUUGUCCAACCCAUCCUUCAGUACCUGUGUACUGUGGACAGCCAUACCAUACACACACCAAAGAUUACCUGAUGUCAGAGGACUCUGUGGUCUCAUUGAUUAGAAAACGGGCUAGCAUUGAGGCCUGUGCCUGCCUUGGACUGUGUUGAGGAAUUGCUCCUCACUUGGGUAAGGAGCUGGAGACCCCCAGUGAAGGUCCCAAGCAGAGCUCCAGAGUUAAUGGAGGAAGGAGAGGACUUCCCUGCUCCUCACCUGUAGGGCCACCUUCUGAACAUCUUUUCCACAGACUGAUGUCCAGCUUGAUGGGGUGAUGUCUGGUCUGGUGCUAUCUUGCUGAGAGAUCCUGUCCCUCAUCACAUUUCAGCAUUCUGUCUUCCUCUCCCUGUCUUUCUCUACUCCAAAGGAAACUUUUGAGCUCCAGAGAUAAGGAGCUUCACCUCUUUUGUCCUUGAAAAGACCAGACAGUGCCAUAGCCAGUGGCCUUCACUUUCACAUCUCCAGGACAUUGAAAUAGAAGGUGCUCCCAGCAGGCUUACUACAGCAAUAAGCAAUUUUAAUGCAACAAAGGUGUCCAGAAUUUACUCCCAUGCACCCCCGUCUAUGGCUUUGUACUCUGUAAUUAUUCGCAGCAGCUCUUUCCACUUGGAUGAGUGGUACUGUGUGAUAACCUAACACCUUAGCUGCAGGCCACAUGUUCUGCUUCAAGGAGCUGUCAAAUAACUUGACCAUUUCUUCCAUCCCUUCAGGAACAGUGUGAGCUCUGGACAGGAGUUCUACCAGCUUGCGUCUGCUUAUGGGGUCACGCUGGGGAAUCCCUGGAUAUAUCAGCACUUUUCACAUCCUCUUGGAAAAAUGACAGAUUCUGAUGUCUUUUGAUUCCUUUUAACACAAAACAUGAGUAUAAAUGUGAGGGGUGGUGGUGAACAACUAACUAGCAUGUAGAAAAUAUGUACUUUAUCAUUAGACUUUCUUUUUUUUAAUAAAAAUGUGCUUGACUGGUUUCAAGCUUCAUUGUGAAAA